AUAUAAUAAUUUUUUAUACAUUGAGUUAGUGCAAAUACUUAAACCAGUAAAUUUAUACCUUCAUGCUUUGCUUACAUUUGUACCCAUCUCCCAAACUAUUUCAUUUCCAAUAGCCUCUCUUCAUAACCCAAAAUCCCUAAAUUAGACAGUCAAAAAAUCUAAUGCAAUUAUCAAUCUUCUCAUCAGGGGUUAAUAAGAUCUUGUUAAAAAAGAUCCCAAACCAUCCCAUUGGAAUUUUGAACCUUUUCAGCGUUUGUCUGUUUCUAAUCCUUUCAGCCCCACAAAUUCAGGGUAUGAGGGUACAUCCUGUAUCCUUGAAACGAAACAUUUCCCUCCGUGAAAAAAUCAAUUCCAAUAAUGUUUCUUCAACAAAUUCAGAACAGCAACAACAGUUUCCUUCGAAACUCCGGAGAUUACCUCACGUAUUUAACAACGUCCUGGAAUUGCCCUUCCGUUAUGAUGCUGAUGUGGCGGUGGAAGAGAAGGAAGGAUUCUUCUGUUUCGUCGCGAAAAUCGAACUUCAAGGAACUGGUGCAAACCCAACACAAGUCAAGGCACAGGCGGUGGAGAUUCAUCCGGGAGUAACGAAGAUCGUUGUGACAAACGGGAAGGGAGACAGUGAGGAUGAAAUUACGUUAUUGUUGGAGCAAUUGAAUGUGGAUACAUGGAGGUACAGAUUGCCUGCUUCGACGAUGCCGGAGCUAGCCACGGCGGCUUUUGUGGACGGACAGCUGAUUGUGACGGUGCCAAAGGGUGGCCGUGGCCGUAGAGAGUUUGAUGAUAAAUCCAGGGGUGUUUGGGGAGGCGGCGGCCGACUUGUCCUUGGACGAUAGUCAGAGUAUUGUAACUUCUUCACAUUUGAUUUGAUGUUCAAUCAAACGAACUUCUAUCUAUGUUUUUUUAUCA